GCACAACGCAGCAAGCAAGCCCAACCUCGAUUACACAUUCAAACACUCAGUCAGUACCUAGGUAUACUAUAGUGCAUUACAUGCACACACAUACGCCACACACCCAACCACACCGAAACCAAGCUCAGCAAAUGCUGCUCUCUCUCAAGCCUCACCCCAGCACUUCCCUCAGUCACGCACGCGCUCAAACGGAUAUAAUAAACCUCGCCACAGCACAGAGACGGCAGACGCAGACGCAGACGACGACGACAUACGCCCUCGCCAUCAGUCCGUCCGUCGUCUAUCAGACCGUCCAUCAUCCGUCUCCGGAAUCAAUUCCAAGCAACAAGCAACAAGCAAAAAGUUCGCCCACCCACCGAUCCCUCCCCCGCCCAUCCAUCCAUCCAUCCAUCCAUGCCAUACCAUAACCCCAAUGCAAAAAGCCCCAAACCCAAACCCAGGUCUUUUUUUCGAGAGGAAAAAUGUCUCGUGGUAACCACACCGCUCCAUGAGCCGAAGCCAAAGCCAAAGCCAGGCCAAAAAAAAAAAAAAAAAAAAAAAAAAA